UGCGCUUAGAAAAGAAAACGCGCACUGAUUUCUUCUGAAGGAGAGAGAGAGAGAGAGAGAGAGAGAGAGAGAGAGAGAGAGCUCGUGCAGGGAGUGCGUUCAGUGUUCACUUCACCUCCCACAUGUAACGUGGCAGCCAGCGAUGGCAAAGCUCCUCAACAAGUGAAGCGUAUUGUCUUCACUCUUCAGCUCCUCGAAGAAUCACGACAUGAUCGCGGUGAGCGCGGAGAGCCCCGUGGAUCAGUACCGGACGCUGGCGUACGACACCGCGCUCAGUACUUUACUCGCUGUGCUGGUGUACGUGGUGCUGAAGGUGAGCCUGGACGGGAUCCGCCAGUGGCGGGCUCGGAUCUCGGUGCUGAUCGUUGGCUCGGGUCCGAUCGGGCUGACCGCGGCGCUGGUCGCUGUCCGCUCCGGUAAGGUGCUGAAGCUGACGCUGCUGGAUGAGCGCUACCGGAGCGCGCUGCUCUGCAGACCGCAGCAGAUCGCGCUGGACCCGCGCAGCGUGCGCUUCCUCCUGGACCUGGGGGUGGAUUUCGACAACAUGGAAGGCUGCUGGCACAACGAGCACUUCUUCACCAAAAUCGGAGUGUUUCAGGAGUAUUUGCUGAGCAUCCUGGAGCAGAAGAAGCAAAAGGUUGACGUGAAAGUCCGUUUGGGAACAAAGUUUAGUGAAGAGUACCUGAGGAAGAUGUCCAGGGCAGAAUGGCCGCGGGUGAUCGUCGUUGCUGACGGCUCGUGCGGAGACUCCUGCUCUGUGCUGGGCAUCAGCUCUGAUUACAUCGUUGAAUCAUGCCGCGCUUACGGGGCCAAUGCCACUAUAGAGAGACUGGACCAGAGACAGGUUCCUACACCAGAGAUCCGUGCACAUAGUUUGUACUUUGACCUGUCGGCAUAUGGGAUCGACACCGCAAAGGAACCGCGCAACUCCUGCCAGCCUGCAGCCAAACCCGGAUUCCACCUGAAGAUAUACGGAACCUUCCGGAACCGCUGCAUGGCUCUGGCCUGCACUUCAGAAGCAGACUCCAAAAUGAUGCAUUUCUUGCGCCACACAGCCAACUCUUCAAUCAUGAAGAACAUCUUCCACCAGUCGUUCAAUGCGUACAAGACUGACAUUGAGCCUCGUCUGAGUGAACUAACGCUGCACCACAUGCAGUGCAGUCGCAAGCUGUUCGAGAUCAUGCUGUCAUACAGACGUGUCAGCGCUGCUUACAUCGAAGGAGAUAAUGUGGCUGUGACUGUGGAAGGAGAAGCUGCAAGAGUGCUGAACUUUGACACGGGUUGUGGUGUGAACCUGGGCAUGAGAGGCCUGGAGUCACUGGGGAUGUUCAUCUACAGAACCGCCACGGCUCUGGACCAGAACGAUGUGUUCGAGGCGCUCUCGGCCAAAAUCCAGCACUCCAGACACGUGGCAGAGACCUUCAGGAAAAGCGGACUGGCCUCGGCCAUGUUUGAAUGACCCUGCGUAUGUUUGUACGACAGCCAAAGUGUGUGUGUGUGUAUUUUGAGGGAAGUUAUAAACAAAAUUGCUUACAUAUAAUGAUCAAUAUUGAGAUAGUUUGGGAAUGUUCAAUAUUCACUGCACAUUGCAGGCAAGUUUAUGUAUUUGCAUUUAAUUUGUGAAAAAUAAGGUUUAUUGGUGUAAUAUGGAAGCUUGUUUCUGCCAGAGACUAAAAAUUAAAAAGGUAAUUGCGACUUUUUAUUCCACAAUUCUAAUUUUUUUUUUUUUUUUUUUAAAUUUUCCCACAAUUCCCCACAAUUCUAUUUUUUCUCAGAAUUGUGAAUGUAUAUCUCAUAAUUCUAACUUUUUUUUUCCUAUUCAAUUGCGACUUUAUACAUCACAAUUCUGUGAGAUAAAGUCACAAUUACCUUUUUUUUUUAUUCCGUGGUGGAACAUCUUGUUGCGUAUGCAACCUGGUUCCCUGAGAAGGGAAACUUCGGCGCUACCUCUUGGUGUUGACACUAUGGGGAACGCCCUCGGACUGACCGGUGUCUGACCCUGACUAUAGUAAAGGUAAUCUCCGGAGACCCAUUAUGGACAGCAACCUCCAAAACUGUGCCUAAGUGGGCAACAGAUUAGAGGGACGGCAUUUUCCAGACAAUCUACAAUGGCGACUUUAGCCGUCCUGGUUUUCCUUCUCAGAAUGCCUCUGAGUGAUCACCUCCCUGAGGUCUUGCUUCCUCUUCUUUGCAGAACCGCCACUUCUGCCCCCUACUCAUACACAAGCAUGGACAGCCAUGCUGUCUUUCUGACCCUGUCUCCAGGUUUUUCCAGGGGAUGGGACAGAAGGUUUAGAAGAGGAAGUGGAGGGUUCAGGAGGUUAUUCAAACCUUUGCGGGAUGUGCUUCCUGAAGGCAGCUGUCUGCACUCUCACCUCCCUGAAAAUCCUCACCACUGCCUCAACAGAGGUGGCAAAGAGUCCAGAGGGCGAGAUCAGGGUUUGAUUCCUGACAGAUUAAGUCACAAGUGCCUCUCUGUGACCACCAUCGCUGUCAUCGAACGACUGAUGGCCGUGACCGUCUGCUUGGUGGCCCAGAGAGCAAAGUCUGUGUUCUAGAGUAGUUCAGCAGCCGCCUCAGGUGACAAUCCCUGCCCCUAGUCCCUAAGCAGGUUGGCUUGGUAUGCCUGCAACAGCAGCCUGACCCACUGCCACAUAUACCUUACCUACAAUAUGCGAGGUGGUCUGACAUGGCUUUGAUGGAGACCGAAGCCCUCAACGAGGAUAGCUAUUCAGUGCCUCUUCCUCAAGGGCAUCUUCACAUACCCUCCAUGUUUGUAUGUGUGCCCAGUAUGGGUUCUUCCAGGAUCUCUCCACCUCAGUGUGAAGGUCCGGAAGGCUCAUGGGGGAGGGGUGAUCAUGGCCCGCCAGGAAGAGCUCGUCCAAUCGACUGUCAGCGACUUCCCGCUUCUCACAAUCCCAAGUCAAAUUCAACUUAAAUGUGGUGCGAGCCAUUACGUCAAGCAACUUCCCACAUGCGGGGCUGACAGGGGAAGUAGGCUUAGUAAUUUCACUGUCAUGCCCUACUCCCACCACAUCUAGCUCCUCAGAGCUAGACGUCGACAGCAUCAUGCACUCUGCUAGUUCAGAAGAAACUGCAGAGUGGGCUUCCGAAUCCAGCAGAUCACCUGAAAUGGCAAUAUGACAUUGGGAAAUGGACACUCCCCUCCCGAACUCCUCUGCCAGCUGAACGAGGCCGCGUGCCGUAGGACCUGAACCACGGGUUGCAGAUGCUCCUCUUCCCUCGAGAAAAGGGACAAGCGUGAGUGGAACUUCUUCACUGAAAACUUUUCGAAGUGAGCGCAUUCAGCUCCCUCGAGAACUAACACAAAGCUUGUGCAUGUCCUCUGGUGUCAUAAAGCGAGGAGACAGAAGAACACACUUCCUGAAAAUCUUCUUCUCCAUUGCCAUGCGCUACAAACAAAUGUCUCCUGAAGAUAACCAAGCUGAUGACGUGCAACUUGGGUGCCUUUUUAUGUGCACAGGCACUCCGCAUGUGACGUCAUGGACUGCAUGUUUACAGAUGCUCAGGCACCGGUCACUCUGAGGGCGUUCCCCAUAGCGUCAACAACAAGCACAAUGUCAAAGUUCCACUUCGAAAGGGAAACAAGCUCCCAUAAUGUGAUGUAAUAGUAAAAUUGGUACAUUUUUGUUUUGUGAGUGGAUCAAACACCUUGACAAAAUAAGAACUGGAGACCAAUCCUGCCUAGAAUGACCACAGUCCAAAAGAAAACUUCACUAAAGAUAGUAAUCUCAAAAAAUAUUUGGACACUUCUAAAAGUAUAAAAGCCACUGCGUUAGAUAACAAACUCUCACAUUUAGUGCAGUGUUGGACUUAAAGGGAUAGUUCACCCAAAAAUGAAAAUUACCCCAUGAUUUACUCACCCUCAAGCCAUCCUAGGUGUAUAUGACUUUCUUCUUUCAGACGAACAUGAUCUGAGUUAUAUCAAAUAAUGUCCUGGCUCUUCCAAACUUUAUAAUGGCAGUAAAUAAGAGGAUGAAGCCCCAAAAAAGUGCAACCAUCCAUCAUAGAAGAUAACCACACGGCUCCGGGGGUAAAUAAAAGCCUUCUGAAGCAAAGCGAUGCAUUUGUGUAAGAAAAAUAUCCCUAUUUAAAACUAGUGGAACUAGCUUCCGGCAGAUGGCCGUACACACAUCAACUUGCGCCAAAAGAGUAAGCCCUGACGCGAUGUAGGAGUAGUGUAAGCUUAGACGCCUCUCGCGGUUCAAACAAAUAGGGCUGGGCAAAAUCCUCUCACAUUUCUCUUUAAAAUUUCAGAGAUCUAAUUCGUGACCGGUGUUUUGUUUUGCGCUCUCCUCUGUGCUUCCACGUUCGUCAAUACAUCAUGCGUGGGGUCAGAGUUCACUCUUUCGCCAUAAUUCGAUGGUUAUGGCCCUUUGUUGGAUGCUAGUUAUUUUAGUUUUUAAAGUUUUAAAUAUGGAUAUUUUUCUUACACAAAUGCAUCUUUUCGCUUCAGAAGGCCUUUAUUAACCCCGCAGAGCUGUAUGAAUAUCUUUUAUGAUGGAUGGUUGCACUUUUUUGGGCUUCAAAAUAUCAUCCUCUAUUCUCUGCCAUUAUAAAGCUAGGACAUUAUUUAAUAUAACUCCGAUUGUAUUCGUCUUAAAGAAUAAAGUCAUAUACACCUAGGAUGGCUUGAAGGUGAGUAAAUCAUGGGGUAAUUUUUAUUUUUGGGUGAACUCACCCUUUAAUCUCUCUUUAAUCUCCCUUUAAGCUCAUGGGUCACCAACACUGAGCAGAUGAUCUGUACUUGAGGCCAGUUUGAAGAAGUGCAGUCUUUCUCAAAGAACUUCAGUGCCUGUGAGUUUGGACACAUCGGUUCAGUCGAUGAAGCUCGCUGUUGACGUCAAUCAUACUCUUCUACAGGACAGACAUGUUUAUGAUAUCAUUUGCUUCACUAUGAAACAGAUACUAGGCAAAAAUAAGUAGGUACUAGCAGUAGUUUUUAAUGGUGGGACAGUGCCACAAACAGACAGAAUCACUGGAAUGACAUAAAAACACAUUGAUCAACAAUCAAACAAAAGGAAUGACUCGUCAGAUCAGUAGAAACGAAGUGCCUGCCAGAAAUUACAAGCACCACAUUUUACAUUUAGUUCGAUAAGAUUACAUAUAAACUAUUUAUUUUGUAAUAUUUGUUAAUAAAAUAAAGUGUUUGCCUUA